AUGCACGAACAUACUCGAAUUUCAGAGCCUAUCUAUGUCCCUUCUGGGCCGUGGGGAAUGCCUUACUCGUGCGAUCUACCGUACCAAACAUUUGACGCCGCUCUCAGUCACAUAAGCAAAGCGCACAAAGACUUGGACUACAUAAUGAUAACUGGGGACUUUGAAGCCCAUGAUUCCUGGGAUUAUACGCAAGACUUGACGCGAGCAAACAUUCGUAAUUUGACGGCUCUACUGCUGAAGUACUUUCCAAAAACUCCUGUCUACGUAUCCAUAGGGAACCAUGAAGGAGUGCCACAAGAUGCAAUGGCACCACAUACAAUGCCGGAAUACGAUCAACGAGGACCACAAUGGUUAUACAGCCUCAUGAAGGAGAUGUGGUCCAAUUGGCUACCUCAAUCCUCUUUGGCUGAUGUCCAAUACCGGGCCAGCUACGCCGUGUACCCCAAACCGGGCUUGAAAUUGAUCUCUAUCAACACGGUCUACUGUUCGGAAUUCAAUUUCUACCUCUACAUUAAUCAAGUAGAUCCCGAUGCUACACUAGAGUGGCUGAUAGAUGAGCUCGUCGAUUCAGAAGCUAAGGGAGAUAAGGUCCACAUUAUCUCUCAUAUACCUCCUGGUGACGAUUACUGCCUGAAAGGAUGGUCGUACAACUUUUUUGAGAUUGUGAAAAGGUUUGAAAAUACAAUCGCUCAGCAAUUUUAUGGACAUACUCACAAUGAUCACUUCCAGGUUUAUUAUGACCCAGAUGACAACAUGCGACCAUUUCACUUCAACUGGAUUACUCCAUCUAUCACAACAUUUGACUUCAAUCAUCCGGCUUACAGAAUUUACACCAUUGAUGGAGGUUACCCUGGAGCCACCUAUGUGAGUAUCUAUCAUAAUAAGAUUUUCAUGUAUAAACUCACGUUUAUAGAUCGAUCAUUGACGUCAAAGUCUUUAUACAAACAUAAUAUGAAGGCAGCAAAGCAAAGUUUCACGUCGAAACGUUUUCAACCAGAUCUACAUCCAUAA